ACGACAUUUCAUUUCAAAAAUCAGAACUGGAGUCUAGACACCAUUGGUAACCUCGAAACCCUAUUCUUCCAAGUUCUAUCCCACUCCAACUCUGCGAUUCCCGGUGUUCCCCUACCCGCCCCGCCCGCCAGUCACGGACUGUCGCCUCCCCCCCAGCCUGCCGAUAUGGUGGCUUCAUCUUUAAAUUCAAUAACAAGCUAACUUUUGUUCGGUUCCUAUAAAGAGGUACUUAUCACCGUAGAGGAACAGAGUUGUAUAUUUUAAAAGCUGGGGACUAAGUUGGCACGAGAUCAAUAGAUCAAGAACCAGUGCUGCGAUUUUAGGGAACCCGGAGUUCCAAAUAAUAGGGUGUGUGUGUGUGUGCACCGACCAGUUGAAAGCAGCAGACAAGGAGUGAAGGAGGCAGAGAGUAAUGAACGUAAUCAUCCUGACAAAGACGUCAAACUUAGCCCAGACACAGCUGCCAGCCCUCUUUUUCAACUAUAUUUUCCAACAUUCUCGAGUGGUGCAGAAGUUGCGGAUUGUGAAUAUAUUGCAGAGUAGAAGAGGAUUUAAGGAGGUGUGUGUAAAGAGGAUGGCUUGGAGUGUGGAGAAAUGUAAUGGGAAUGGUGUGGAGACUACUAGAAUGGGAUUGGUUCAUCCAGCAAUGAAGGAUAAUGCCAAAGAGGCAAUUGAAGCUGUUAAGGCUGGGAAAGUUAUAGCUGUGCCAACUGAUACCCUCUAUGGCUUUGCUUGUGAUGCUUGCUCCAUGGAAGCAGUUAAACAGAUAUAUGAGAUCAAAGGCCGUAAAUAUACGAGCCCUCUUGCGAUUUGCGUAGGAGAUGUUCAGGACAUACAGCGGUUUGCUGUCAUUGAUAAUUUGCCUCACGGGUUGCUUGAUUGUCUUCUUCCAGGACCUGUGACAGUGGUGCUAAGACGAGGGGAGUCGAGUAUUCUUGAGAAAUCCUUAAACCCUGGACUAGAUAGCAUAGGGGUUCGAGUGCCCGACUGUAGCUUCAUUAGGGCAAUUGCCCGUGGUUCUGGAAGUGCACUGGCCCUUACAAGUGCAAACCUUAGUGGGCAGCCUAGUAGUGUAGAUAUUAAAGAUUUUGAGAACCUCUGGGAGCACUGUGCAUAUGUGUACAAUGGAGGUGUGCUUCCAUCAGGCCGUGCAGGAUCAACAGUUGUGGAUCUUACGAAGCUAGGGAAGUACAAGAUCCUAAGACCCGGGAGUGCGAAGGAGGAGACGGUCGAAAUCCUUGAGCAACAUGAUCUAGUUGAAGACUCUAGCACCACUUCACAAGGCACCUGAAUUCAUAUUUGUCCCGGAGAAUGUUUAUCUGCUGCUAUAUUUAUCGAUAUCAAUGUUUUAUAUUUUAUGCUCUGCAUUCUGCGCCCUGUAACAUAGUUACAUGGAUAAUUGAUCACUUGGGUAAAAUGGUCCAUUCUACUAUUUUUUAUCACAGCUACCUCCCCAACGAAGCAACAAGGUAAAGAAGUGCUUCAUUUCUGCAAUAAUGAUGAAGAGUAUGAAGGCUUGAAAAUGAAAUUUAAAUAGUUUACAAUGCUAAUUGUAGGUUCAUUGAAUUCUUAAGCUUAAUUCAAACCCUUUUUUUUAUUAUUAUUAUCAGAUUUGAUUAUGUACUGGUAUUAGUUUUACGAAGUUAUUCCUCGGAAUUAAACCAUAUUUGGAUUUUCUA